AUGGUUCACAUAGGAUCUUGGGCAACUCUGCCCGUACUUCUUCUAUCGUUCACAACCGCUUCUCCAAGUACGCAGAGAGCGCUACCAGACGAAACAAGCGGAGUACAGAAUUUUAAUCAAAUUACUCCAUCGUCUGAUCUCCAAUGGAUACCAUGCUACAAUGGUUUUGACUGCGCCAAUCUGAUAGUACCGCUCGACUAUGAAGAUAGCAGUGUUGGCACCACAACCAUCGCGUUCAUUCGCAAGCUUGCCCCGGGAAACGUUACUCAGGACCUUCUCUUCAACCCUGGUGGCCCUGGUGGUUCAGGCGUAGGCAUUCUGCUUGCCGGAAUCGGCGACCUCAUCUUGAAUCUCAGUAGCGGACAAUACAACAUUAUCAGCUUCGACCCAAGGGGCGUAAACAACAGUGGCAUCGAACUGACGUGCUUUCCCGGUCAACCUAAUAUCCGAGACGCAUACUGGAGCACUUUCGAAGAGUUAUCCCAGGCUUCGAAUCUCGAUGAAACCUACGCCCGAGGACUCGCAAUAGGACAAUGGUGCACAAAAGCCAACGCAAACACGACUGCAAAAUACGCAGGUACCGUUGCCGCAGUACAAGACAUGCUCCACUUCACCACCCUCCAAGCUCGCCUCCGCAACCUCAAGAACCCAGAAGAAUCCCUCGUAAACUUCUACGGCCUCAGCUACGGCACUGUCAUCGGACAAAGCCUCGCAUCCAAGUAUCCCUCGCGCGUCGGCCGCAUGGUCCUAGACGGCAACGUCAAUGCCGAAGACCACUUCCACGGCGCAAAGCUUACCGCCGUCCAAGACGUCGAUGAAGAGUAUACUUGGUUCUUCAACCUGUGCCACGCCGCCGGACCGGGAACCUGCGCUUCUUACGCUGAAGACGUGAAAAAGCGCUUCGAUACUCUCUUGUCCAAACUUGAGCUCGACCCAGUCAUCCUAUCCUCCCCUAUAACUUCCACUCCAGCGCCGAAGGUCAUAACCAAAGACGCCGUCCUCGCAGCGGUAUUUCACAAUCUCUACGCCGGCGAAACGGGCUUCCCGUUCCUCGCGCGCGGUCUUGCUGCGUUGGAAAGGGGGGAUGCGGCGAUGUGGUUAGCGGAGACUGCACGGUUCCAACGCCCCAGUGGUGCGGCGCAGGAGACGUAUAUGCUGAUUACUGGGGCUGAUUACGCUGGGCGGAGUAAGAUAGCGAAUCGUACGGUUCAUCGGGUGGUGUAUGAUGAAGUGGUGCGAACGAGUGAGUACGCAGGACGUGUGUAUGCGCUUGAGAAUGUGGUGUUGGGGGUGGGGAUUGAGAUUAUGCCGCCGGAGAGUCAGUUGUUUGCUGGAUUUGAGUAUACAAAGACUAAGACGCCGAUUUUAUUCUUGAACCCAUCGGUUGAUCCCAUUACGCCUGUUGCGAAUGCGAGGUAUAUGGCGGGAUUUUUUGAGGGAGCUGUGGUGCUGGAGCAGAAUUCUACGGGGCAUACUGUGUUGCCUUUUCUGGGGGAGUGUGUGGGUGGGGCGGUAAAGAGGUAUUUUGGGGGUGGAGAGGUGCCGGAGGGGGGGAAGGUGUGUCAGGUUGAUGUGAGGGUUGAUUGGGAGGGAGGGAGAGGUGGCAUGGGUGCAUGA